UGGAGUUCGGCUGCUCUUGUUGGGCGGGCAGCUACGGCCCCACGCCCCAGAUGCACCGCCCUCGGCGGUGGGGCCCUGGGUAAAGUCAGCCACGCCCCUCGUCGACCUCGCCGGCUGCCUUGGAGUUCGCUGUGGUCCUGAUUGGUUUAGCAGUGCCGAGACUUCCUUCUCCUCAAGCAGCAGGGACUGCUCUUCUGUGGUCUUCCUCCCCGGGAGCCGUUCUUUAGACCAGCUUCUUGCUCUCCCGCUUGCCAGUUUUGCUCUGUGAGGUCCCGGUGCGGGCUCCUUGCUGGAAGAGGUUUGGCCCCUAGAGUAGCUAGAGAAGCUUCGAUCCUAAGUGGGGAAGAGUGGACGGUUAACCUGCGCUUUGUCCUGGAGGGUCCCCUUUGACCUAAUGGCGGCAGCACCUCCGUUGGGCCGCCUGGUGCUGACCCAUCUGCUGGUGGCACUCUUCGGCAUGGGCUCCUGGGCUGCGGUCAACGGGAUCUGGGUAGAACUGCCGGUCGUGGUGAAAAGGCUCCCGGAGGGUUGGAGCCUCCCUUCGUACCUCUCUGUGCUUGUGGCGCUGGGGAACCUGGGUCUGCUGCUGGUGACCCUGUGGAGGCGUUUGGCCCGCGGCAAGGGCGAGCGGAUCCUUAUCCAAGUGGUGCAGGGGCUUAGCAUAGUGGGCACAGCCCUGCUGGCCCUUCUGUGGGACCAUUCGACUACAGUGGCAGGGCGGCCCCACUCUGUGGCCUUCCUAGCGCUGGCGUUUGUUUUGGCACUGGCCUGCUGUGCUUCUAAUGUCACUUUCCUGCCCUUCCUGAGCCACCUGCCACCUCCCUUUUUACGGUCCUUCUUCCUGGGCCAGGGCCUGAGUGCCCUGUUGCUCUGUGUGCUGGCCCUGGUGCAGGGGGUGGGCCGCCUUGAGUGCCUGCCUGUGCCUGCCAAUGGUACCACUGGACCCCCUGUCAAGGUGUCUCUCAUCAAUUUCCCCGAGCGCUUUUCUGCCCGAACUUUCUUCUGGGUGUUGUCCGCCCUUCUGGGCAGUUCCGCCGCUGCCUUCCAGGGUCUCCUGUUACUACUGCCAUCCCCACCAUCGAUACCCAUGGUGGGUCCAGGGCCUCGGGUAGGAACACCAGGAACAGAGGAGGAAGAGGAAGAGGAAGAGGCCUCACCGUUGCAGGAGCCACCAGGCCAAGUGGCAGGCGCUAUUCCCAGCCCAGACCCUAAGGCCCACCAGCUGUUCACUCCCCGAAGUGCCUGUCUACUGGGGCUGCUGGCCGUCACCAAUGCUCUGACCAACGGUGUGCUGCCCGCUGUACAGAGCUUUUCCUGCCUGCCCUAUGGGCGCCUGGCCUACCACUUGGCUGUCGUACUGGGCAGCUCCGCCAACCCCCUUGCCUGCUUUCUGGCCAUGGCAGUGCUGUGCAGGUCUCUGGCAGGGCUGUGUGGUCUGUCUAUACUGGGCAUGUUCUUUGGAGCCUACCUGAUGACACUGGCAGUCUUAAGUCCCUGUCCUCCUCUGGUGGGCACCUCUGCGGGUGUGGUCCUUGUGGUACUCUCGUGGGUCCUGUGUGCAGGCGUGUUCUCAUACAUCAAGGUGACAAUCAAUUCCUUGCUGCACGGCGGAGGCCGGGCGGCAUUGCUUGCCGCUGGCGUGGCUAUCCAGGUGGGCUCUCUGCUGGGCGCCGUUGCCAUGUUCCCUCCCACCAGCAUCUAUCAAGUAUUCCAAAGUGGAGAGGACUGUGUGGACCAGUGCAGCCCUUGAGCCUGGGACGCGUGGGACUUAUGUCACCUCACUUGUCUCCACCUGGAGAUUGCUGCAGUGUCUGAGUCCUGUGGCCCAAGGUGGCCUCCCAACUCACAGAUACACUCAUGGAUAUUGCACACUCCAUAAGAGACCUGGCUUUUGAGAAAAGACCGGGCGGAGGACCAAAGAGCAGGCUUGGAGCCAGGGAUAGGUGGAGGCUGUGGCCUUCACCCUGGAACCUUUGUGGGAUUUGCACAAUAAAGCAUCUUUAUCCA